AGGCAGAGUAACAUGGAGAGACAGAGCCAAAGAUGGAGGGAGUGAUGGAGAAAAAUGUCUGCUCUCACUCUCUGGACGAAGCUUCAGGAACUCACAGGCCCUUUGCCUCCUCCUCUCUUCAGACAAACUUCAGGGAACCCACCUUACACCUUACCAUGGCGGCAAAUUCUUUCACUCGUAUGAUGUCUGGCCGUAACACGGCAGUGAUUUUGGCCAGCAUUGGAGCAGGUACUCUGACAUCUGGAUACCUCCUCAAUGAAAGCGCUGCUGCACAUGAGAAGAAAGUGCUCUAUCCACCCAGCGCUGACUUCCCUGACCUGAGGAAGCACAACAACUGCAUGGCAGCAGCUUUGACCCCAAAGAUUUAUGCACAACUGAGGGACAGGACAACCCCCAACAACUGGACUCUGGACCAAUGCAUCCAGACCGGAGUGGACAACCCAGGUCAUCCCUUCAUCAAGACUGUGGGCAUGGUGGCUGGGGAUGAAGAGACCUAUGAGGUGUUUGCUGAGCUCUUUGAUCCUGUGAUUAAGGAUAGACACAAUGGCUAUGACCCACGCACAAUGAAGCACCCUACUGACCUGGAUGCUUCCAAGGUCACCUCAGGCAUGUUUGAUGAGCGCUACGUGCUGUCAUCCCGUGUCCGUACUGGUCGCAGCAUCCGUGGACUGAGUCUCCCCCCUGCAUGCUCGCGCUCUGAGCGUCGUGAGGUGGAGCGUGUGGUUGUGACAGCUCUGGGUGGCCUGAAGGGAGACCUGUCUGGUCGCUACUACAGCCUGGGAGAGAUGACUGAUAGAGAGCAGCAGCAGCUUAUUGAUGAGCACUUCCUGUUUGAUAAACCUGUGUCACCUCUGCUAACAGCAGCUGGGAUGGCCAGAGAUUGGCCUGAUGCUCGUGGGAUUUGGCACAACAAUGAGAAGAACUUCUUAAUCUGGGUCAAUGAGGAGGAUCACACCAGGAUCAUAUCCAUGGAGAGAGGAGGGAACAUGAAGAGAGUGUUUGAAAGGUUCUGCAGAGGUCUGAAACAAGUUGAGUAUCUUAUCCAGGAGAGAGGUUGGGAGUUCAUGUGGAAUGAGCGUCUGGGCUAUGUCCUCACCUGCCCCUCUAAUCUGGGCACCGGGCUGAGGGCUGGGGUGCAUAUUCGUCUGCCCCUCCUAAGCAAGGACCCUCGCUUCAAGAAGAUCCUGGAUAAUCUGAGGCUUCAGAGAAGGGGCACAGGAGGCGUUGAUUCGGCUGCUACUGGAGACACCUUUGACAUCUCCAACCUGGACCGUCUGGGCAAGUCAGAGGUGGAGCUGGUACAGCUGGUGAUCGAUGGAGUGAACUACCUCGUUGAAUGUGAGAAGAGACUGGAGAGAGGGCAGGACAUCAAGAUCCCCUCCCCAAUCUCUCAGUUUAAGAAGUAAACUUCAAAUCUGCUGGGAAUCCUGAAAUAAAGCAUCUACUCCAACUGCUGAUAGACUGUCUUUGAUGAUUUUCACAGCAUAUAUAGCACUGUACUGAGAUGCAAUAUAUAUUAAAUGUACAGCAAUUGUAAACACAAUAAAGUCUCUUGAUGAAUUGA